UGCCCCACAAGGAGCGAGCACGGUCAGGUGCUGUGCGCUCGGGGGAGCAGCUGCGAGUGCCCUGCGCCCUGGGAGGGGGCUCGCUCCAAAUGAGCCUGCGGGAGUCUUUAAAAGCACUUCUCGGAACUGGGAGAGAAUUAAAUCGGGAGAGGAAAUGCAGCUCUCCUUUGGUGCCCUUUCUCUGUCGGCACGGCGUGGGUGCUGCCAGCCCCUCCCAGCUUCCCCCGCAAAGCGCAGAGCCCUCACCCGUGCCGGGGGGCUGCAGGCUCUCAGGGGCCGAAGGAUGGAGCAACAGGGGAGGCGCAGCCAGGAAUGAGAUGCCCAUGAAGUUUAAUCUCUGUUAGCCUGAAAAGAAAAACUGGGGAAUAAGAGUUAUGGAUCCUUUAUACUUUUCCAACGCAUUUAACAUGGACUCCAGUUCCAGUGAUUUGAACUCCUCGCUGCUGACAAAUACAACAGAGAAUGGGACACUCUCAGAGCAGCUCCCAUUCAAAUACAUCCACAAAGUCCUGAUCCCCAUCUUUUACAUCCUUGUAUGUGCAGUUGGACUCAGUGGCAACACAUUGGUCAUUUACGUGGUUUUGCGCUAUGCCAAGAUGAAAACUGUCACCAACAUUUACAUCUUGAAUUUGGCUGUUGCUGAUGUACUCUUCAUGUUGGGCCUACCCUUCCUGGCCACCCAGAAUGCCAUCUCCUACUGGCCUUUUGGCUCCUUUCUGUGCAGGCUGGUUAUGACCGUAGAUGGUAUUAACCAAUUCACAAGUAUUUUCUGUUUGACUGUGAUGAGCAUGGACCGCUACCUGGCAGUAGUUCAUCCCAUUAAAUCAACCAAAUGGAGACGUCCCAGGGUGGCCAAACUCAUCAGUAUGACUGUCUGGACGUUCUCAUUCCUGGUGGUGCUUCCAGUCUUCAUCUUUUCAGAUGUGCAGGAAGACUUUCACACCUGCAACAUGAACUGGCCAGAGCCUGUCAACAUCUGGUCUGCAGCGUUCAUCAUUUACACGUCUGUCCUUGGGUUCUUUGGUCCUUUGUUGGUGAUCUGUCUGUGCUACUUGCUGAUUGUGAUUAAAGUCAAAUCUUCAGGGAUUCGUGUUGGGUCUACAAGGCGCAGGAGAUCAGAGAGGAAAGUGACCAGGAUGGUGGUGAUCAUUGUGGUUGUCUUUGUGUUCUGCUGGCUCCCAUUUUACAUGAUGAACAUUGUCAAUUUGAUAUUUAUCCUGCCAGAAGACCCUGUGCUGGUGGGGGUGUAUUUCUUCGUGGUGGUCCUGUCCUAUGCGAACAGCUGUGCCAACCCUAUUCUUUAUGGAUUUCUUUCUGACAACUUCAAGCAGAGUUUUCAGAAAGUCCUUUGCCUCCGAAAGGGCAAUGGCAUAGAGGAUGGUGACCCCAUUGAACAUAGGCAAGAGAACAGCAGUCGCUUGCAGGAAUCAAUGUUAACCCAGAGGAAUGUUGAAUUCAAUGGACACAUGCAGACUAGCAAGGUGUGAGGGCAUGGUCUGGGACUGUCAAGAACUUGUAGACCUGGAGAACUUGAGACUUAAGGGAAGGACGAAAUCACAACUAAAAUCUGGAGGCCCACCAGCUCCAAUUAAUGUACAGAGCCUUCUUUUCACUCCCUUCCCUUUCACAGCUAAAAGUGCUCUGGGUUAUACUGAGCUGUGUGAAGUUCUCGUGCUGUUUCAACUAAGGCAGUCAGAUGUACGUUACUGCUUCCUGUACUCUAGAGAACUGAUCUACUGGUAGACACUGCCAUCUUUGUCCUAAUUCAGUAAUCCAAAACAACACUAAACCUGUUCUAACUACUUCGUUAAGCUGAGCUUGUGGCUGGGGUCAGCUCAAAACAGAAAACAGCUCAAAUAAUUCCUGUGAAAAUACCUUUGAAAGUCUUCAAGGGGAUCUCUUAAAAGAAAGUACAUUAUUCCUCAACAAAGUUCUACACAAAAAAGGUCACAGCACUGAUCUUGAAAUUAUGUAAAAUCCAUUGUUUUAGAGUGUAGUCCCCUUGCACUGUUUUACUGUUAUUAAUCCGUAUAAACCUCAAAGUAUUUGGGAGUUUUUCAAAUAGCAAGAAAGAAUAAUAAUGAAAAAAAAAAAAAGUAGGAGAAAAAUGUUGAAAGGAUUCAACAUGUUCAUAAUACUUUCACAUUCUAAACCAAACUGCAUAUAAAAUGUAAUGUAACCACUUUAUUAUUAUGUAAGUCAAAAUGAUCGUGAAGUGCUGGCAAGCUGUUGUGUAUAUUUAUUGGUUCUGAAUGUAAGUAUGGAUGUGAAUUCAAGCUGUAUUUUCGGAAAUUAAAACAAGUUCAACCCCUUUUUGGCUUUCUAUUGCACAGAUUCUUCAAGCAUUUUCUGGCAAUGCAAACAAA